GAUUUUUGCUUCCGUGUCUCUGUCUGUCUCUUCCUCCCGGUUGGGGAUAGCAGGGAAAAUACCGUUUUUCCUCGCCGCGGGGUGGAAAAUUGUUCCCACUUAGUACGUGGGUAGUAAGUGUGUGGAAAGUGUUGUGCCGAAUUCGACUCAAAUAGCUCUUAUUUGUUGUGAAGUGGUGCGUUCUAUACGUCGACGGUGGCGAGGCAAGUCCUCGCAGUCCCCCGGGGCGCAAUGAUUGCGAAUGUGAAACUAUUAUCGCUGUUGGCAGCAGCAAUCGCUCUAAACGGCCUCUCGGUGUACGGCAAAACUGUGCAAACGGCAACCACGACGGGCGACGGUGUUGUGACGGCAAUUCAGCAGGACGAAAGUUUUCUCCAACAGCCACACUAUCGAGGCAACGAUGAGCUGGUCGAUGUGUUGGCGCACCUGCAAAAGGAAUAUCCGGAUUUGGCCAAGGUGCACACGAUUGGGCAGUCGCGCGAAGGACGCCCACUGGCCGUGCUCGAGAUACGCCCGAACGUGAACCGUCCGCGGCCGCUGCUGAUGCCAAUGUUUAAGUACGUGGCCAACAUGCACGGCGAUGAGACGGUGGGCCGUGAGUUGCUGCUGUACCUGGCCCAGUUCCUGCUGGCAAACUACGAGCGUGAUCCGGAAAUCCAUGCCCUCGUCAACCAGACGGCAAUCUACCUGAUGCCGACAAUGAAUCCCGACGGUUACCAGCGGUCACGGGAAGGCGUAUGUGAGUCUCCGUCGGACUACACGGGACGCUACAAUGCGGCCAAUGUCGACCUGAACCGUGAUUUCCCGGAUCGCUUCGACGACGAGCGGACGCGCCACCAGCGGAUGAAGCGCCGCCAGCCGGAAACGGUGGCCGUCAUGAGCUGGAUCCUGAACAAUCCGUUCGUGCUGUCCGCAAACCUGCACGGCGGUGCCGUCGUUGCCAGCUACCCGUACGAUAACUCCAUCCACCAUCACGAAUGCUGCGAGGAUAGUCCGACGCCGGACAAUCGGUUCUUCAAGUAUGCGGCACUAACGUACGCGGAAAAUCACCCGGUGAUGCGCCAGGGCCGUGAUUGCAACGAAACGUUCCAGAAUGGCAUCACGAACGGUGCGUACUGGUACGAGCUGAGCGGUGGCAUGCAGGACUUCAACUACGUCUACAGCAAUUGCUUCGAGGUGACGCUGGAGCUGAGCUGCUGCAAGUUUCCGCCGGCCACGGACCUGCCGAAGGAGUGGAACAAGAACAAGCGCAGUCUGAUCGAGUACAUGAAGCUGGUGCAUGCUGGUGUGAAGGGUCUUGUCACCGACAGUGCCGGCUAUCCGAUCAAGGAUGCGGAUGUCAUCGUGAGCGGUGUCGAUCGUAACGUGCGCACGACCGAUCGUGGCGAAUACUGGCGCCUGCUCGUACCGGGAGAGUAUAAUAUCCGCGUCGAAGCUGUUGGUUACUACCCGAGUGAGGAAGUGCACGCGGUGGUUGACACCGACCGGACGCUUCGCCUGAACUUCAGCCUCAAGAGCUACGACUCGCAAGAAGCACCGUCCAAAGCGGAGCAGGUCCGCGUGGUGCGUGAAACCUUCGAUCAGUACGGUUUUGCGAAGACGCCACAGUUUGUGCACCAUAACUACACCGCGAUGGUGAGUUAUAUCAACGAACUUGCCGCAAACUACCCGUCGAUCACGCACCUCUACUCGAUCGGGAAGUCCGUGCAGGGGCGCGACCUGUGGGUGAUGGAGAUCACGGAAGGGCCGGGCAAACACGUGGCCACUAAACCGGAGGUUAAGUACAUCGCCAACAUGCACGGCAACGAGGUGGUCGGUCGAGAGUUACUGCUGCUGUUCGCAAAGUAUCUGUGCGAGAACUACAACGCGACGGAGCGCGUAACACGCUUGGUGCGUCAAACUCGGUUGCAUCUGCUGUUCAGCAUGAAUCCGGACGGGUACGAGAUGGCCGACAUACACGACAAGGAGAACCUGCGGGGGCGCUCGAACGCGAACAAUGUCGAUCUGAAUCGCAACUUUCCGGAUCAGUUUGGGCGCAACCAGUGGAACGCACACCAGGAGCCGGAAACGCUGGCCGUCAUGAACUGGUCGCGCUCGACGCCAUUCGUCCUGUCGGCAAACUUGCACGGUGGCGCACUGGUAGCAAACUACCCGUACGAUGACUCACCGAAGGACUUUGGCGACACGAGCAGCAAUCCGCGCACGGUGGUCAAUCCGACUGAGGAGGACGAACUGUUCAAGUAUUUGGCGCACGUGUAUGCAAAUUCUCACACGACGAUGCACUUGGGUAAACCGUGUCCCAAAUUCAUCAAGGAGAGCUUCCCCGACGGCAUCACGAACGGUGCCGAGUGGUACGGCGUGACCGGAGGCAUGCAGGACUGGUCCUAUGUGUUUGGCGGUGCGUACGAGCUUACACUCGAGGUGAGCUGCGUGAAGUUUCCACCCGCAUCCGAACUGCCCGAGUUCUGGCACCAGAACCGCGAAGCGCUGCUUCAGUACGUCGAGCAGGCACAGCACGGUCUGACCGGAACGGUGCAAAGUACCAUCGGCCACGCUAUCGCUCGCGCCACCAUCCAGAUCAACCAGCUCGACCACGUCAGCUACACGACGGUCGACGGUGACUACUAUCGGCUGCUCCUGCCCGGACUCUACAACGUCACGGUUGAGGCGGAGGGCUACGAGUCGCAAACGCAGGAAGUUCGCAUCCCACCCGAAGCCACCCAAGCCGUGCGUGUCGAUUUUCAGCUGAUGCGUGACGAUCCACAGCACUGGUCGUCGGCGUACGACUUCCGGCAGCUGGAGAACAUCCUCAAGACGCGAUACCAUUCGGACGAGGAGCUGAAGGCGACCAUGGGGGAGUUUGAGAAUCGGGACUACAAAACAGUGGAGUUCGAAUUAAGUGGAAAUGAGGUUUCGAUGGCGUAUCCUUCCAUUAAGGUGACCGAUCAUAUCGGCUCACCGGAGGAAACAAAACUGCACAUAUUGAUCGUGUCGUCACUCUUCCAAACGGCCGCGGUCGGGCGCGAAAUGGUGAUCAAUCUGGCCCGCCACGUUCUCGCCGGUUACAACAUUAAGGAACCGUUAUAUAUCAAGCUCCUCGAGAACGCGGUGCUACACUUUGUGCCAGUGAAGAACGACUUUGUGGAGAUCGUGCAGCAGUUUCGGGCUAACGAAUCCGUGUGCAAUCCGAUGCUUCGAACGGACGAGUUGGCCGAUAAGCUACUGAACGCAGAAACCGAUCACCAGAAGGAUAUGUUCCUGCGCAUGCUAAAGGAGGAGGAGUACGAUCUGGCGCUAACUUUUGCGGCCGGAGGCCACGAUGUGUUCUUCCCACACACCGACGAUCAGGUGGCGAUCUAUUCGCGCUUCGCUGACAAAAUCCGAGGUCACAAGUACCGACAGGCACAAAGCGACCAGUGCACGAUCGAUGCCGGUCAGUUGCAUCAAGUGGAGUCCACGCAACACGUGACCAACGCGAUUCACAAUCUGUACGAAGUGCCACUCUUUACGCUCCAACUGGGAUGUUGCAAGAUGCCGACCGAAACGAGCAUUGCCACCGUCUGGCGGCAGAAUCUCGACCGCAUGAGAAACUUUUUCCGGCUAGUCGAUACCGGCAUCCGUGGGUACGUGCGGGACGUUGCCGGCAACCCGUUGCGACGGGCGAUACUGCGCGUGCAAGGUAACAAGCUUAUCUACAAGGUUACACCCAAUCUGGCCCACUUCCGCAUCGUGCUCCCGUCCGGCUCGAUGAACAUCGAAAUCAGUUGCUUCAACUAUACGUCCCGCAUGGUACCGAUCUCGCUGAACGAUAACCAGAUUCUUGAUCUGGGCGAUAUAGUCAUGCAGGAGGCGGCUCGACCACGGGAGAGCAUAGUUGCGCCACCGGUUACGGCCAUCCCAUACCCACCCCACCAAGGGAAGGAUUUUGGCGUGCUCGAACCGAGCAAAACGAUGAAAGUUUUCCCACUAGAUGGUGGUGUUGAAAUUAAAACCGACCCCGCAGGUAGUGCGGCAAGUCCGGUUCGGUUGAGUGGAAUCGUACUGGACGAUGCCAAUCACCCGCUGCCGGGUGCGAAGGUGUACGUCACCGAAGGAAACGCCAAGGGAGGAAAGAUUCUUGCCACGGGCAAUACGGGACAACUGGGUAAAUUCCAGUUCGAGGAAGGUAUUCCGGUGGAGAAGGACAUUGUCGUGCACGCCGAGCCAUCCGGCUACGAGGCGGGUGAAAAACAAAUUCGCCUCGGACCGGUAGGUGGCGCGCCCGGUCUCGUGUUCCGUCUGACGCGCGAUGAACGUAUUCUCGGGCUGCCGCGACUGCUGUUCGUCAUUCUGGCCGGAUGCGGCUCGGUUGGCAUCAUCGCCUGUGGCAUCCUGUGCUUCACGUACAUUCAGGCUCGCCGGCGCGAUUCGCGCUACUACUACAAUUUCUCACUCCUGCCCCAGAAGGGCGAGCUGAACCGCAAGCUGUUCGACGACGACGAGGAAACGGAGCUGUUCCGGGCAUCUACUACGAAACUGCAGCCAUACUUUGACGACGAGCGGGAUCCGCUCACCGACACCGAGGACGACAGUGAGGAGGAAAUCGUCAUGCUCAAUCCAUCCUUCCGUUCCGUCAGCCAGUCGUAACGGCGGCGUCCUUCCUUUUCUUCAAGCGAAAGCAAAUUCUAUCUAAGUUGACUUGACAGUCGACAGCCAGUUGGAAAAGCAGUUAAAAUUUUAUACCAGAACACCCUUUAAUACCUUCGCAUCGUUUCAAACGAUCCAAACCCCUCUUACGAUGUUCCCAGUGUAAUGUUUUCCAUGCUUUCCCAAACCACUUACCACUCUUGCCUUGGAAUAUGUGCGUUUUGGAAGAAGGUUAAGGUUCAAGCGAAGAGGAGAAAAAAGAAACAAACGACAGAAAGGGCUUACGUGUGAUAAAAAGAAGUGAAGUAGUACAACGUUAUUAAAAACUAACAGCAAAAGAAGGAAAAAGUUCUGCCAGCAGCAGCAGCAGCAAAGCCCAGUACUGCAUUUCCGCAAGCUCUCAUUCCCCUCGUGUGUGACCUGAUUGACCAGCACGUUGCGCGGGUAACAUUCCCUCGGGCCGUUGUUUAAACUAUAAGUGAUAAGAGACGAACAUUAACGCCCGCUAUAGCUAGGGACGGAAGGGUAACUUAAAAUGCCGAGUAUCUGCAAAUAAUGGCCUCUACGAAAUAUCGAAAUUCGAAUAGGACAUAUCUGAUGAUGGCCACCUUGAAAGGGACAGACUCCAAUGUCUAGUGAGUGAGUGAGUGUAGCGCAGCAAAGCGAAUACUUGUGCGAAGCGUUUUUAGACUAAUUUAUUAUUAUGUUUAUAUAAGUUCUAAACUCAAAUAAACGUGUUUAUUACCGUGUUGCAAAAACGAAC